CAGAACACCUCAAGAAACACCAGCGGAAACCCACAGGGAAGAAAUCUCACUGCUGCUCUGACUGUGGGAAGAUAUUAAACUCUUCUACAGACCUUAAAAGACAUAUGAGAAUCCAUACAGGAGAGAAACCGUAUAGCUGUAAUCAAUGUGGGAAGAGUUUUACUCACUCAAGCUGCCUGAAGGUACAUUUGAGAACACACACAGGAGAGAAACCUUAUAGCUGUGAUCAAUGUGGGGAGAGUUUUACUUCAUCUAGCCAUCUGACUAUACACCAGAGAACACACACAGGAGAGAAACCUUAUAGCUGUGAUCAAUGCGGGAAGAGUUUUAUUACAUCUAGCCAUCUGACUAUACACCAGAGAACACACACAGGAGAGAAACCUUAUAGCUGUGAUCAAUGCGGGAAACAUUUUGUUACAUCUAGCCAUCUGACCAUACACCAGAGAACACACACAGGAGAGAAACCAUAUAGCUGUAAUCAAUGUGGGAAGAGUUUUACUCACUCAAGCUGCCUGAAGGUACAUUUGAGAACACACACAGGAGAGAAACCUUAUAGCUGUGAUCAAUGUGGGGAGAGUUUUACUUCAUCUAGCCAUCUGACUAUACACCAGAGAACACACACAGGAGAGAAACCACACCACUGCUCUGACUGUGGGAAGAGUUUUGUUUCGUCCCAAUAUUUAGAAUCACACCAGAGAACACACACAGGAGAGAAACCUUAUAGCUGUGAUCAAUGUGGGAAGAGUUUUAGUCAAUCAAGCAACCUGAUGGUACAUUUGAGAACGCACACUGGAGAGAAACCUUAUAGCUGUGAUCAAUGUGGGAAGAGUUUUAGUGAUUCAAGCAACCUGAUUGCACAUUUGAGAACACACACUAGAGAGAAACCUUAUAGCUGUGAUGAAUGUGGGAAGAGUUUUAGUCGAUCAAGCAUCCUGAUGGUACAUUUGAGAACGCACACUGGAGAGAAACCUUAUAGCUGUGAUCAAUGUGGGAAGAGUUUUAGUGAUUCAAGCAACCUGAAGGUACAUUUGAGAACACACACUAGAGAGAAACCUUAUAGCUGUGAUCAAUGUGGGAAGAGAUACGCUGGUAAAAUAACUCUGAUUAAACAUCAGAAAGUACAUACAUGAAGGAGUUUUUUCAUGAUAUCAAUUAAAUAAUGUCACAAUGUUUUAAAAUUGUUGUAUGAGUAUUUUAAUGAAUUUUACAAUGUAGAACCAUUUACAUUUUACAUUUUUUGUCAUUUAGCAGAGGCUCUU